UCUCUAACUAGACAGCCAGGUAAAGCUGAGCCACCCUUAAUAGCACGUUUUCUCACGUGUUUUGUUUUCGCUUUCAUUUCCAGGAAUGCAAAAUGGCAGAAGACAACAGUGUACACGGAACACGAAAUUUGAAUUUUAAGAAACCUAAUACCCAUGCCAAAAUUUUAAACCAGUUUAAAACGCGAAAAUGCCGUAGUCACAAGAACGGAACAUGAACAACGAAAUAAGUCUGAAACACAAUUAAAAUUGUCACAGGAUAAACGAUUUCAAGCAUUAAAAAUGUUUAAUAGCCAGUCAGUUAAAAUUUUGUAAACAGUUUCACUUUCAUUUCCGCGGGUAACACGCGAAUGGGUAAUCAAAGCAAAGAUGGGCAAGAGAUUACAAAAUGGCAGACGAGGUGGAACAAGAAAAUUUUCAAGGCGAACACUUAGAUCCAUUAACAAUAGACAUUUUAAAUAAUAUUCGAAGUAGAAAGGUUGAUUUAAGUAACAAAUGUAUAAUUGUUAUUCCAAGUGCGUUAUAUCACCUAAAACAUCUUCAGUACUUAUAUCUCGAAAGGAAUUACCUAGAAGAAUUGCCAAGCUGUUUUGCUGAAAAUCUGUGCCAACUGAGAUGGUUGGAUAUUCGACACAACAAACUUAAACAUCUACCAGAUAAUAUAUCUAAUUUAACGAAUUUAAAAAAUUUGCUGCUGGAAAACAAUUGCAUUGAGAGGCUUCCACUUCAACUAGGAAAUUUGAAAAAUUUGUCAGGGUUAAAUUUAGCUAAAAACCCGUUAGAAUUCCCUCCAAAAGAUGUCAUUGAAUCUGGUACAAAGGCUGUGUUGUCAUAUUUACGCGACUUCACUGCUUUGGAGGAAAGGUUUAAAAACUUGGAUGUUCAAGCUAAUUCACCGGAGCUUAACAAUAAUCUUUCUUCUGAAAAAUACGCUGAAGCAGAAGAUCUUGAAGAAUCUGGAGAAGAGCGAGAAAUGGAUUGUGGUGAUAACUCAGAGAAAAACGAAACAAUUCUGGAGAAUAAAACGCUUGCAGAAGACACAGAAAAUAAACCGCUAGAAAAAGGGAUAUCAAAAAGCGAAAUAAAAUAUAAGCCUUGUACAGCUUUUAGAAGCAAAAGGUUAUUAGAGAAGUCAGACUCUUUUUUAAGUGACAAAACGCUUUUAACACAGAAGACAGUAACAAAAAACCCUGUUUUGAAGAAAAGUUUAAGCGAAGCAAGUGUGCCACUUAGAAAAGAAAUGCUUAACAAAACAAAAAAGAAAACGAGAAAGCAAAAACACGCCGCGACGAGUAAGCAAGGUGUUACUAAGCAACAAUGUGUGUUAGAUAUAUUUCGUAGCACAGGUAGACAAAUCAGAAAAUUGAAUCAAAAUAAUGCCAUCGAAAGUCAAACUUCAGAUCAACGCCCAGUAAACUCAGAAGAAAAAUCACCCCAACCGCCGGUAAGUAUAAAAACUUACAAUGAAAAACUUCGAGAGGACAAAGACUUGGAUGGGCUUUCUGUACAACCAAUAAAACUUGGAGAUAUGGUUGUAGUGAGAAUUAAAAAAGAACACUACGUUCCUGGUCAGCCUUGCAUUGGUAAGAUUGUAGAUAUAGCCAAGAACGAAAAAGAAUUGCUGAUCCAUUACUAUACUGGUUCUUACGAUAGUGCAUGGUGGCCCAUGAUGGUGCGAUCCAGUCCGUACGUGCGAUAUGUUGCCAAGCAGGAUAUACUGUAUACUUUCUUACUGAAUGAGGAUAAUUGUAUGAAUACUGAAGUUGUUCGGAUUGUUAAAGAGAGAUGCAAUGUCACUUUGAAAAUGGCUGAUUUAGAAAGGGCGUAAGCACCUUAUGAAAUUGCAGAUCUCUCUGCCUCUCUAUCUUCUCUCUAGAUAUAACCUGUUUUUUUUUUUAAGGAAAAGUUACAUUCGUCAUUUGACAUAUAUUUAUAAUAACGUUGUAAUGUUUAUUUAUUUAUUUAUUUUAUUAUUUAUUUAUAAUUUUUUGUUUUAUGCUUUAUUGAACAAAUUUAUUUUGUAUCAACGUUUGCCUUUAUUUUGUCACCCUUUCCCGAGACCAUGAGUCAUACUUUUUUUAAACUCGUAAAAUAUGAAUACCAUAUUUGAAUUCAGCAUAGUUUGUUUAAUUUAUGUGUAAAAGUUUAACUUGAUACGCCAACAGAAAGUGCUAGAUAUAUAUCACAGUUAAAGUCUUCUUAAUGCUCAAGUUACCAUGUCCUGCCUCGUUUUUAAAAAGAGGUUGGACAUGCCACAAAUCUUUAAAUUAGAAUAGCAGGUUGUUUACUUGCUGCAUUGUUUCGAAAUGUUCUUUGUUUAUGUCAUUUUUGAUAAGGAAUUCAAAUCUGUUGUCCGUUUUUCAUAAAACUCAACAGAAAAAGUUGCGGCACAUCAAAAGAAUAAGUCUCGGGAAAGGUGUAUUUAUUUUUGAUUUCCAUAUUUAAUAAUAUCUUCACUUUUAGUUCUUUUGAAAGUUGCUCCGAAAUGGUUUCGUUUGUCACUGUUACACCACACUUUGCUCUGACUUUCAAUUUGGUAUAGAGAAAACCAGUAAACAUGUUUUAAUUAUAACACCAUAUCUGAAACUUAUCAUGACAGUCGCAACGUUCGACGACACUCCUUCGAGGAAGAUAUCUUACACUCUCCACCCUAUCAAAUCAAUCCCUUACACAUAAAGGCAAGG